AUGGCCGCCAUUACCACCACCGACAUGCGCAGAUUGCUCGGCACUCUGCCACAGGAGCUCUGUGACGAGGUCUACAAGCACACCUUCAGAGCACCAACCGGACCUCACAUUAUCGAUCGAGACUGGCGCUUUCCUGCACAGCUCCACGUCAGCCGCCACAUUCGCCAAACAUUCGCACGAGCCUACUUUAGCAGCGACUUCCACUUCCGCCUCGAAGAUCUAGCAGAGAUACUACAUCUCCCAAUCUACGGUAUCCCACGGAACCUGCACGGGGUCACGCGGUACGUGGCCAAAUGGCUAGAUCUUCUGGCUCCAAACCACGUGUCGUGCGUCAGAUCAGUGGCUUUGGUGGCCGAUCCUCAUCCUGGAACGCCAGGACUUCGACGAGGAAGAUUGAUCCGUCUGAGUCAGCUGCGUUCCGAUGAGGCUAUGUGGCCCGUGACAAGGAGGUGGCUAGGGCAUGCGAUUAGUGGAGCGGCGAACGGCUACAUCGCCGCUCUUGUGAGACGUUGCACAUUCGUUGGCGUGGAGCGAUGCUAG